AUGAGUUCAAAAUCCUCAAUUCAAGUACAACCACCUGUACCGCCACCACGGCCGUUACGGCCUGACCGACAACCCAAAAACACUGCUCCAAACUUGGCGCAGAGUACCGCCACUAGCCAAAAGACAUCCCCGUCGUCCACCACCAAACCGACAGAUGCUGAUUCACGGGCACCGCCUCAACAGCCCAACGGCUUAGCUGCCGCCGCAGCGGAUGUCGCAGUUGUUCGAAAAGGCAUCCUUAAGAAGACCUCCAAAUAUGGGGACAAUGCGGCAGGCGAGGGUGCAGCGGUGAAAGAAGACACGGUGAAGGACAAGGACAAGAGUCCCAAGAAAGGAGAAAAGGAAGGAGAAAAGGAGAAGAACGAGGACGUGGAGAAGAGGAAAAAGGAUAAAGAGAGGAAUGAGCAAGGGAGUGAUAGCGGUCAGGAUAGCGAUAGUGAUAGUGGCUCUAGUGACAGUGACCCAAGUGACAGUGAUGAUGAUGACGACGACAGUGACUCCAGCGACAGUGACUCCAGCGACAGCGACUCCAGCGACAGUGACUCCAGCGACAGUGAAUCCAGCGACAGUGACUCUAGCGACAGUGACUCUAGCGACAGUGACUCGAGCGAUAGUGACGACGAUGGCAGUGACUCUAAUGACAGUGACUCCAGCGCCAGUGACUCUAGCGAUAGCAACUCCAGUGACGAAGAUGAUGAUGACGAUGGCAGUGCUGAAGACAGUAGUGAUGGUGAUGAGGAUAGCGAAAGUGAAAGCAGCAGUGAGGAGGAAAGCAAAGGGGUAAAGGACAGCUCCAAGGGAAAAAGGAAGCCUGAAGAGUCGAAGAAGACCGCUGGACCGAAGUGA